GCAUCGGCCAACAUUUCCGCUACAAGUAUCCUUCUCGAUGUUAUCAGUGCGCUCAUAAAAGGCAAGUGUGAAUUAGAGCCAAGAAUUAGCUGCUGAACACUUCGACCAAGACAUUGGAUAAAUUUUGGUGCCAACGAUUGCUCGAAAACAGAACUUCCACAGAAUCAACAUGGCAAGAAUGUUCAGACCAGCUGGCGUAAUUGUUUGCUUUAUGCUUUUAAUCGGAUCAAUUGUUGCCACCACAAUGGUAAGACCACCACAGAGACGUAAUGAAUUUGUUAACACCGAAGAUGCCGUGCGCUACCUGAAACAACUGGAUGACUUCUAUUCGAAUGCAGCACGACCAAGAUUUGGAAAAAGGACAUCGCUACUACAAUAUCUGAAGGACUGGGCGGAGGAUCAAGCUGACAUGGACGACUACCAAAGUAAAUUUCAACCCCAAAGAUGAACGAUUUUCAAGCACCCUAACUACGUUUGAUAUAUUCUGCGUCAUACGGAAAAUGUAUGGAGAAGGAUUAUCUAAAUUUCACUACUAAUAUGUACAUUGUAUUUAUUCAUGAUUAUCAAUACAAUUUAAAUAAAUUGAUAAAUUUG